UAUCAGUAAAUAGAACAGUUAACAUUUGGCCAGCACCGAGGAAACAGCUCCGAAAAGGAAACAAAAUUAAACAGUUGAAAAUAUUUUACUAAAGUAAAAGGGCAAGAAAAUUAGCCUUUUCUACGUUUAUACAAAUUUGGUAAAAUGUACAAACAAAAGUAUUUGUAUCGAAGUUUAUCGUGCAAAUUCAGUCCAAAGAAAGUGGCCAAAGAAAGUAAGGCAGGACUCAGCCAUGUUUUGGAGAAGGUCUUCCAGGAUACGAGUCCCAGCCCGAUGGAAUCGUGUGGCGAGGCUCAAAUGGCCAACGCAUCAACGAUGGAUGCGGAAAUGGAUACAGAUUUGAAUUUGAAACGUAAAAUGGCAGAAGAUCGAAUGACUGAUCUAUCAAAUACGGUCAAAGUGCCAGCCCGUUGCAAGGAUCAAAAGCAAUUGUCGAGCUUGACCAAUUUGAAAUCGAAAAUGCAAAAAGAAAAGCAAUCCCCAUCCCCAUCCGACCACCAGGAGCAGUUCGACAAAAGACCAAAGAAAUCAUUGCUGUCCGAUGACCAGUUGACGGGCCUUAAUCCCCCUUGCGACGCCGUUGGUGAACUCAGCCAUGGAAACGAAUCUAACAUGUCGCACGAAAUGAAACCGCAGAGCAAUGGAUGCUCCAUCAAUGACGAUCGGGAGUAUGAAUAUUCUGGGAGUGAAAGUGAUACGCAGGAGAACUGCAGCGAUUAUGUUAGCGGUGGCAAUCAUCCGGUGGCCAUUGGCGAUAUCCUCGCGAAACGCUAUCAUGUCUUCAAAAAGCUGGGCUGGGGUUACUUCUCCACCGUGUGGCUAUGCUAUGAUUCCCACUGUGCCGUCAAGGUGGCCAAGUCGGAAUCAGAUUGUACCGAUGAGGUAGUGUUUUUUGGUGGCCGACCCAACAAAAGACUCAAUUUGAACGAUAUUUACCCCAUCGACUCGGCCAACAAGGAAUGCGAGGUACUGGUGAAGAUAGCCGACUUGGGCAAUGCGUGUCAUUUCAAUCAUAAGUUCAUCGACGUAAUCCGGACACGGGAGUAUCACCUCCGGGCCUUGGAGGUGGUACUCGGUGCGGGAUUUCUAAAAUAAUAUAGAUUUUUUAAUGCCCGUCGACUACACAAAUUGACUUCUGAUGCCGGAUCCCAAUUGGGCAAAGAAAAUGAUCGAAAUGCAUGUUAAUCCAGUCAGGCACGUGGCACAGGAAAAGGCAGGCUGAGUUAAUCGCGGCAACAGCGCUUCAAGGGCUCAAGGGCUCCUGCCCGGCCUCUUCA